AUGCAGGUGAGCAGCUGGGUGGCAAGACAGUGAUUAUUACUUCCUUUCCUCCUGGAGUGCUUCCCUCAAUGAAUUGUGGGGCUUGGCAUUUCUCUCAGGUGGUCAACUUAGCUACAAAACAGGAUGGUCAGAUAUGAACUAGGCAGGGGUACCUGGUACAGUAGUAUGAGGGUUGCUUGGGACUGUACAGAAAGAUUCAAGGAAGUGUGGGACAGACUUGUUUGGACCAAGAAUUCUGGACAAGUGGAAAAUUCCAUUUGUCACCUUCUGAUUCUAACAGAAGCUCCCAUCAAGCAGUCUCCCCUGCAGCCUCUGAAGCAAAGACAAAUAGCACUUUGACAAAGAUAUUUGUGUGUCUUUUUAAAAUCUCAACUCCCUGUUUCCAGCUCAGUUUGCCAGCAGAUGGCUUGCCUGUUAUUUGACUGUGCAGAGCCCAGUGGAUUUCUUUCCCCUGCAUAAUUUGCCCUACUCCUACCCCAGCGUCUUAACUCCCUGGGAGUUUCAGUCCAAUGGCUGAUUGUAUUCUUUCUGUAGUUAUUCCUCUUUGCUGUCUUGGGUCAUUGCAACACUAUUGUUUGCACUGGACUACCACAUCACAUGAGGCGCUUAAUCAAAGGUCACGGGUUUCAUAUUCUGUUGAUUCUGCACAAAGGCUAAAAAGCAUGUCAAAUAUUCUGGGAAGGUAAAUUCCCAUCAUAGGCCUAGUGUGGGAUUUUCAGCUUUGUGGAUUUCAAGGUAAGUCAGUGACAUUGAGCAAGUCAUGCUCUCGUAGCUUAAUUUACAGCUGGGGUUAUUGGAGAGUGAGGCUUGGGAUUGGCAAGUGAAUAGAAGAGGAAAGGGUAGCAGUUGAUCAAGCAGUAAUGGAAGAACAGGAAAGCUGGGGCUGCAGAAGUCAAUUCUAAAGGAGAAAAAGAACAUGGCAGUUAUUGUUAAGGGUAGUACCCUGGCUUUUAUUUAAGAAACUCAGGGAGGUAGGACUUACCUCAUUUUGCUCUUCUAUCAAUCCUAUGAGGUGGGAAAGCCGGCUAGGCCAGAAGUUUCGCAUCCUUGCUCUGCUUAUUAUUAUGCCAUCCUGGCUCUAAAAUUGAUAGGCAGAGACUGUUGCACACAUAAUGAUUAAGUGUUCUAUCUAUCCAUCUAUUUCAUUCUUAGACACACCUCCAAGAGGCAUUUCAGUCUUGCCAGGUGGAGUGUGAGAAACUGAUGAGAAUGAAGCAUGCAGCUGAAGAGAACAUCUGCACCCUGCUGGUACCAGUACAUUCCCCACUUUUCCUUCUGUGGUCGCUUUUGUUUCGUGUUGGCUUGCUCAGAUGAGAAAUGCCAAAGUUUCUAAAGGUGGAGGCUUCCCUACAGAGGAAGAGAUGUGUUGCUCUUUUGUAUUGCCGGUGAGAAAGGGCUGGAAGAGAUCAAUUGGGGAGUCUUAACUAGAGAAAAGAAUGGACAAAAAUAGAAAACAGCUGAAAGCUGGGCCUCGGCAGGCUUAUCAAAUCAGCAGGGCUGCAAUUGGGGCGUCUUGCUGUUUUGUGACCGCCCAUCUUAAUGGUUGCUUUAAAUCACAGGCAAAAAGAUAAAGCCGCCAAAUAAAUGACAGUUGCUUUGGGGUUGGAGCAAACUAAUUAUCUGCCCAGAUAACCAUUGAUCUGCUGACGCACCUCAGCAGAAAAGAAGAUUAAUACCUCUAAUUGCAGCACUUUCACAGAGGGAGCUGAGCAGUAGGGAAAUUACUUGGGAGUGGUAUAGAGAGAGACAGCUGAAAGCCACUAAGCUUCAGCAAAGAACCUCAAAUUUCCCCAUGUCACCAGGCUUCACAUGCUAGAUUUCACUUAGUCAAAUCCAACCUGUUGGGUUUUUAUCUUGGGGAAACAAGCAAAAUGCCUCUUAAAUAAUAGAGGGAAGAGGGAAGCUUUUGUACACCAGGGUUUAUGACACAGAAUUAAACAAGACAAGUUGAUUUUCUAUAAGCUUCUCAGGGUCACGGACAAGGAAGGCGGGAUUACCCCAAGGGCCUUUGGACAACAAUGCCCAUCACCACUCCCAUCAGUCUUUUCCAAGCAUCUUCAGGCAGGGGCAUCAGAGCCACCUCAGCCUCUCCAGCACCAAAGCAAGUAAGGACCGCAGUGGGAGUUACACUGAACAUGCAGCUGUUCUUAAACAGCUCUUAGCCGGACAGGUGGCAGGGAGUGCCACACAGCUGCUUGGAUAACCCCCACCCACCUCCACCACCACAGCUUCAAAGUUGGAAAGAAGGAAGGGUUGGCCGCUCUUCAUGCUCGCCAUGGGGUAGCACCUCACUCACCAUGCCGAGUGGAAUAAUGGAAACCCUUUAGCGUUGGUGUAAUAAAUGUCCUUCUUCACAGAGCACAGAGUCAAACAAGAGGCAGUGAUGGCCACCAAUGCAAAUGGCUUUAAAAUAGGAUUAGGCAAAUUCAUGGAGAGGAAAGCUGCUUGUGGCUACCAACCCUGAGGGAUAUGGUCUCCUUCCACUGUUGGAAACAAUAUUCUUCUGAAUACCAGUUGCUGGAAACCAAAGGAGGGGAGAACGCUGUUGUGCUCGGGUCCUGUUCAUGUGUUUUCUCAAUUGGCAUAUGUUUGGCCACUGUGAGAAUAGGGUGGUGGAUUCAGUGGGACACUGGCCUGAUCCAGCAGACAUGUGGUGAGCUUGCAGCUGGGGAUUUGCCAACUAAGCGUAGUGCCUGGCUAACAUCUUGGGUUGCGUCUUCCCAGUGACUUUUGUGUAUUGGCAACUUUGAGGGUUGUUGGCACUAGUGACUCUCCCAAGUUGUGUUUUUCAUUCACAAUUAUUUGUUCAGCUCUAAAAGUCCAAGGGAGCAGUGCCAAGCUAAUUCAAAACAGCACCCCAUAGAAUCUCCAGUAAAAUUGUCUGUCUGCUGCUCAGAGCAAAGAAAUAUGUCAGCAAGACUCCUGGCAAUGCGAGCACUUAGUAGAGCAUCAUUAGCUGGUAGGGCAAGUCCUAGACAGGAGCCAGAUGGUUCAGCGACUGCUAAAAGCAGCUGAUAUCCGGCCUGAGCAGGCGCUAGCUUUGGAGAGCUGCCAGUCCUUGAUUAAAAAGGAUCCCCAUCUCGCAUGUCUCAUUCUUUCCUCCUUUUAUGCUAGAUAUGUUACAAUUAUUGCCAUAUUUAAACAUACUACACAUUUGAAAAAUAACAUCCCCCCGAAAGCAUUUAGGUACACUCUUUAUAUAUUUAGGCCUCUCCUGCUCUUUCCAAGCACAUUGUGCACUGUGGCCUUUUCAACAGUCGAGGAGACACAAUGCAACAGUUCACUCUAAAACAAUUGUCAGGGAUGCCUAGAAUGCCAAUCUGAAAGCAGCCAGAACCUGUGAUCAGAAAACCCGAAUUUUCAAAUGAAGCAAGUUAUAGUAACUGGCAUACAGAUGUUACACACACACACACACACACACACACACACACACACAGUUUGUUGGUUUCAUUAUUAUUUUAUUUUGAAGACUGACCAAAUGGGCAGAUAAGAGAUGGUUAUGUGUUCAUAUGUUAUGCAUUGAGUUUGCUUGUUCUGGAAAGCUGCUGUUGCUAGUGCAAUAAUUUUGCCACCUAAGACAUGGAAAUGGGUUAGAUACAUCCUUAUAGUCCCCUGGAAGAAGGAAGAAAAUGGUUGCAGUUGCAACAAUGUGUAGUUACUGUUCAGACAUCUGUCUCUAAACAGUGUGGUGACCUUCUGACUUUCACACUCCCUUAUCUUCUCCUUUAUUUGUUACUCUGUUUAUAUUCCACCUUUUCUCCAAAGAGCUCAAAGUGGCAUAUAUACUUCUUACCCUCUCCAUUUUAUCCGCACAAGAACCCUGUGAGGUAAGUUAGAUUGAGGUGCAAUGACUGGCCCAAAGUCACCUCAUGGGUUUCAUGGUCGAGUGGGGCUUUGAACUCUGGUCUCCCAGGUCCUAGCCAAUACUCUAACCACUGUUCCAUGCUGGCUCUCUCUUUGCACAUGACAGGAUGAGAGCGAAAGCUUUCAAUUUCACUUUUGACUGAACCACAGUUUCUUGUUAUAUAUGACUUCAGGAACUGUGGUCUAUUUCAAGGGAAAGCUUGGGUGAUCUUUUUAAGGUAGGAUAUGAACAAGCAUUUUCCACACAUGUUUUUCCCCUUUGAUCCUCCAUUUGUAUGAGCCAGCAGACUUUUGGAUUCUUACACUGCUUGUGGACUUCUCAGAGGUAGCUGGUUGGCCAUUGUAGGAAAUGGGAAACAGGAGUGGAUGGAACUUUGGCCUGAUCCAGAUAGGAUUUUCUUAUGCUCUUAUCUGUUUGUACCAGAAGACCCCCAUGGGUUUGGGGUGGGGAUAGUUAGUAAUUUCCUAGGAGGCAAAGGCAGUGUGGCGACAUGAAUGGAUUAUCCUGCACCAACCUUUCUAAUUGGUGGGGAUUGAAGGUUGGAUAAAGAUACCCUACCACAAGCAGGGUUGAGGGAAAAGUGAAUGAGCUGUGUGUUGGCCUAACUUUAAGAGACAUAAUAUUGUUGUAGUUGAGGCUGAAGUCUGUCAGCAACAUCAAAAGGAGUUGGGUGGCCUAGUUUAGGAAGCAUUACUAGACACUAUUGACAAUGGCAAGCUGCAAGUAAUGUGCACUUCUGAAGGAAUAAUUUGAAAUCAAAAUGAACUCUAAUCACUGAUAAUGCAUACUGAUGUUCACUAUGGAAACCCUCAGACGUGAUGUGUAGCAGAGACUUUUUAAAAAUGGCAAAUCAAAUAAUGAGAGACAUGGAUAUAUUGAGGCUGUUUUGAUGCCAUCAGUGAAGUGGCUUCACCUGGGCCUUUGUAUUUCAUACUAGUCAUGUCAUCUGAAAUCAAAUACUGUACAGUUGAAGGUCAAAGAUGGACAAUGUGAAUGAUUAGUACUUUGAUAGUAUUUCUUUGUCUCUGUAGUGAAAAGACCUGAAUUGCUUGCAGGGGAGUAGUAAAUUGGAGAGAGGCCAAAGGCUGUAAUAGUCAAUACAAAACAACCCAGUGCUACCAAGAAUACAGAAGAUGUGAGGGAGCUUCUGGUUAUUCUUCUCCAGUCCAAGAAUAGGAGCACCACCCACCACUCACCACUCCAUUUCAGUCUCGUGGGCUCUGGAUAGAACAUUCCACCUUGUGAAAUUGUUCUUCAGAAUUAUAUGCUUUUUAUUCUUCAGAAUUAGAUGCUUUUGCACUACACAAUUUACAAGUGCUCCCACUGGUGCGUUGCUGGAGGUUCUGCUUCAAAUUCUAGACCAUCUUGCUGAGAAGCUGCUUUUAGGAUGGGCUUCUGGAGUGCAUCUGGUCUCCACAAGACACCUGUGGCCAAAGCUCAGCUCAAAUUGGGGUUCUUACACUCCGCAUAGCAGAGAUGAGCAUCAGCGGCACUACUUGACAGGAGAGGAGUGAGUAUCUCAGACUCUCACUCAUGCUGCUGUAUCGAUAAAAAAAAAGAAAGAAAUAGCAGGCCUUUCUUCCACUCUUUACCCCCUUAUCUGAGACUCUGCCUCUCCCUCUGCACUUAUGUGGAGAAGGAAAGCUGACAUGUCUAUCCAUUUCCAAACCUUCCUGAAGUUCAGAAAAUGCUCCUAUCUCUUCUUUGAGUUCUCUGUCAAGCAUGGAGAGAGAGACACAUGGUCUUACAGGAAACUUUGAAGGAUAGAAACAGCAGGCAUCUCUGGAACUGAUUACAUAAGGUCAACUCCUGAGGCAAUUUAUCAGAAAUUUAUCAGGUACACUCAGCAGGAAGCAAUCAGAGGAAUAAGCCAUAAAGAGGUAUGUGGCGAUCACACAGGACGUUUGACGGUCUAUUGACCCUGUGGCACCACUGUGAUUGCUUUCUUCACUGCCACCAACCCGUUUCUCACGGGUACACACGGAAGUCCAGUCAGUUGUUAACAUUAACAAAUAAUUGAGUUUAUUUUAUAGGCAUGAACAAGCUUAUGGUUUCAGUUAAUUUUUCUUGUCAGUUUCUUAAUCUUAACUGUCCUAUUCGUUCCUAACAACUUCAAACAACUUCAAACUGAUUAUCCCAACUAACUAUCUGACUCCACCUAACAAUUCCUCUCACUCUCUCACCACACAACUCGACCAACCCACAAACUGUUCCUCACUCUUCCUUCUCCAACUCCCCACUCUCAACUGAUUUUCACACACCUCCGACUCUAACCCUAACUCCUCCUAUCUGUUUCCACUGGCCAAUCACAUCACACUCAUUUUAACCCUUUCCUUAUGACCCACCUAGGAGGCAAAUGCCGCAAGGUAGCUUCUAAUUAAAGCUGUAGCAGCUCUGAAAAAGUUUAAUCCAUGCCGAAAAGACUGGCAAUGCAGUUAAGUUUUAUGAGGCCAAACAGUUGCCACCAGUCAGUCCUGAAAAAAGACAGGCGGGCCGAAGAAAAAUGGUAUUGUAAUGAAACAGCAUCAGCAGUUUCUUGUAAACAGUUCUUGAAUGAUGGAUGGCAAUUCCCGAUUACCGUAUUUUUCGCUCCAUAAGGUGCACCUGACCAUAAGACGCACCUAGUUUUUAGAGGAGGAAAACAAGAAAAAAAAUAUUCUGAACGAAAUAGUGGAUGUAUGAUUUUUGUGGUUCAUGCUGUGGCCACAGGCAUGUGAUCUGAUGGUGAAUUUGGGGUGACCCAAUGCAAAAUCCUGAGGAUCCAUUUGGAUCCGUGCUUUGUAACCACAUUUUUGCACUCAGGAAACAGUGGAUGUGUGAUUUAUUUGUUGCAGGCUGUAGCCGUGGACAUGAUAUGUGAUCUGAUGGAGAAUUUGGGGUGACCCAGUGCAAAAAUCCUGAGGAUCCAUGAGCUUUUACCUCCCCCCUCCCAGACAGCCUCUGCUAGCGGCCCUUAUCUCUCUUCUGAUCCCACCGAUCAACUGUUUCCUUUCAAUACUCCCUUCCCUCUUGUUUGCCUUAGUGUCUUAGCUGGAGCAGUUUUUUGCUCCUUCUUUUCUUCUAAUUUCUCUUCUUAUUGCUUUAGUCUUCCUGUUUCCCCCCUUUGCAAGUUUGCUGUCUUUAUCUCCCCCCUCCCCCUCCUUUAUCUCUAGCGUCCCUUAUCUCUCUCCCUGAUCGGCAAACGAUCAGCGGCUUUGUUUCAACACCCUCUUCCCUCUUUCAAAAAAAAGCAUGAUCUGCUUUUUGCCCCUGUGCAAUUCAGCUCCAGGGACCACACAUUCGCUCCAUAAGACACACAGACAUUUCCCCUUACUUUUUAGGAAGAAAAAAGUGCGUCUUAUGGAGUGAAAAAUAUGGUACACAUCUGGUAUGGAAGCAGCCUAGCUUUGUGACAGCAAAAAUCGCUGUGAAGCCAAUGAACAUGGAUGCAAAUGUUUUAUAUUAGAAGGGCCAUAGGCUGCUCUCCCCUUGACCGACACCAUAUUGUAUUUUCUGUCCCACAAAUGUUUUGGCUUUACAAUCCUCCUUUAAUUACACAGAAGUCUGUGGAUGUGGUUUCAUCCACAUGCUGCUUUCAUACAUAGCCCUUUUGCUGUUUCAGACAACAUCUCGUGAAAUGAACUCCAAGAUCCGGGCAGAAUUUGAGUAUCUUCAUCAGAUCUUGCAAGAGGAAGAGAGAGCUGUGCUGACGGGGCUGGCCAGAGAGGAAGAACAGUGGUUGAUGAAGCUGGAUGGAGAUGCCACACGACUCAGUAUGGCGAUAACUGAGCUGAAGAAGAGCAUGGAGCACAUUCAGAAAAAGCUUGAUGAGCUGGGGAACUCAUUGCUGCUGGAGGUGAGACUCAUCAUGCUUACAAGGCUGAGGUGGGAGGAGUUUGGGUCAUGGGUGUCGGAGGCAGAUUUGUAUUUUCUCACGUUUUCUCAGUCAUAGGCUCCACCCUCUCCACAUUCCCAGACGCGUAUCACACUGCACACUGGCAAAUGCUAUAGUUUUCUAUGGAUUGAUUUACUAAGCAAGGGUGUCAUCUUGUACUUCAUUCUAUGCAUUCAGGAAGUGAGGCUUAAAAAAUCCUGGAGUCGGAGCUGGAAUGGACCUCAGAGGUCAUCUAGUUCAACCCCUUUCUAGUGCAGGAAAUCCACUGUGGCAGCAUACCUGAUUGGUGACCUUUCGGCCUUUGUAUAAGAUGCAGUGAGACCUGGGAGUGGUCAUGUUUGUGUGUGUGUGUGUGUGUGUGUGUGUGUGUGUGUGUGUGUGGUUUGGGGGGGGGGGAGAAUGCGUGUUCAAAGAAGUCUUUCCGUAUUUUAAACUCCGGACUGAAAAUGUUUGUCUCUAUCAAUAAUAUGUUUUUCUGCCCUAGACCAGAAUUAGGCCUUGUCAAUGUCUGCCAGAUAACAUUGUCAAAGAAGGCAAAUAACUGUUGGCCUUUGCACUGAGAUGUAAAGAGGUUUAUCUGCCAUUAAAAGUGUGGCCUCCCAAAUUCCCUCUCUCUUUUAAACAGAGGUGAGACAGUGGCUGGAACACUUCUCUCACCACAAAAAAGCCCCAACAUUACAGCUUUCUAUUUGCCACUUCCCUCAUAAAGGAAAACAUGUGCCUGCCAUUUUCUUCCCCAGGCUCCCCUCUUGCCCCAUGGUAAGAGGCAGCCCUUUCCAUCUCCCUCUAAGAUUGAACUAUUGCUGGUUGCUUGGUGUGAUGCUUUUCCAUAGUUGGUUGCCACGGUUACUACAGCAGGAUUGUGCCGUGAAUUGACCGAGGUAGCCUUUGCCAGGAGGUUUAAGCAUGCUUCUCCAGCAGGAGCUGCUUGUGCAUGCUGUGAGAUUCAUGGUCCUUAACCUCUGACAGGCAUGAAGAAGCAGUUCGGGCUUGGAGACCGGUUCUGUCGUAAGAACUAGCUGCUCUUGGAAGUAGGGAUGAAGUGCUUAGUUUCAGCAAGGCUACUGUAUUGUGUGCCUUCGGACCAUGCUGCGCUGUGCUGUGCAGGUCUGCAUGAAAAUACUUCUGUGUUUUUUCUAAAUGUCUCAAAUACUCCUUUCCUUAUCUAUCUCCUUCCAUCAUCAGACUCCUAUGGGGUGGCUGGUAGUGAUACUCCCUUGGCUUUUAUUUUACUGCUUGUAUAAUUCUGAAAUUUUAAAUGCAAGCCGCCUUGAGGGUGCUUGUUAGAGCCAAAAGGUGGGUUAUCAUUUCUUUUGAUAGGCAAGUACAUGUAUGUCCUCACUUCUCAGUCAAGAUUAUGCGUAUUUCCAGCCUCUUUGCAUGCCAGAGGUACAAUAUGACUAGGGAAAUGUUGUUAUGUGUGUAUGGCAUGCUCUCCUGACAGCUGACAGUGAUACCGUCUAGGUUCCAGGCUUUUCAGUCUUGGUGAUAUGAGGAACCUGCCUUCUCUCUCAUCUCUCUUUUGGUUACAGAAGCCAGUGUUUAUAUAUCAGAACUAGCCCAUACCCCUUCAGAAUUUGCUGCCACCUCAUUCAUUCAUUUAUUCACUAUAUUACAUUUAUAUAGCAACUUUCAUCUGUCAUGCAACUCAAGGAAACCUCCCAUGUGGUUCCCUGGCAGCCACUUGAAAUUGUAGGGCCAUAAUUAUGUUUUUAAUUGUCGUACUUCAGUACAGAGGCAAAAAAUGGACAGGAGAAUUUACUUGAGCAGCUGCAAUAAGGAUUAAGUGAGGGGUUUUGUUAAUUUUCUCCUCUUUUUUCUUUUUCUUUUUGCAGGUGGAAAAUGUGUCUGUUAGGUACGUGCCUGGAAAGAAAAAAAGCAGCUUUUGUUUUCAUGAGCCUCUUAUUUUACCUGCUCAGCUGGCCGGGGGGGGGGGGGGACUGUUAUCGCUGUAGCUUUUAAAGCAUUGGAAAAUAAUUAUUGGGAGAGAAGCUGUUGGGGAAUAUAGGAUAUCUCUCCUUCUGGGCAUUGUUGCAUAGAUGUGUUGACCUCAGGGUUCAGGAUGUAAAUGCAAAAGCACUGAGGUGCACCCAGGAUUUAACUGCUUUCAUAAGGUCCUCCCACAUUACUUCAAGGAAAUGCUCAGAAUGGUCUUCUGGGGCCAAUAUGUUUAUGUUCUAAUAGCCUCAGAAUACAAGUUGCCGGAAAUCACAGGUGGGCAGAGUGUUGUGCUCAGGUCUUGUUUGCCUGCUUCCCAUGGGCAUCUGGUUAGCCACUGUGGGAAAAGGAAGCUGGAAUCGGGGCCUUUGGAGCUGAUCCUGCUGGCCUCUUCUUGUGUUUGACAAGGAGGGUUGGCAAAUGAGCCUAAAUAAAUUGUGCAGGUCACCAAGCUGAAUGCACCUCACCAGCCAUAUAAUGUUGUCUGUCAGCUGCUUGAAAACCUUGCUUUUUUAUUUUAUUUUAUUGUAGCCUGUGAAGGCAAGGAUGAGGGGACAGGUUUAAUGAGCCACCCAGGGGCUGUGCUUUGGUGGCCUGCCUUAAAAUGAUUAUCGCUCUCUCAAGUUGUGGAGCUGCCAAGCUUCUCUAAUGGCUAAACAUGGGCGAAUCUCGCAUGCACAGCCAUAUCCCGCCUCUUGGCUGAAAGAUUGCCAGAGCAGUUCAUUUCCCAGCUCACUUUGCUGGGGAGAAAGGAGAGCAAAUACAUCCAUAUAAGAUAGGUUUGAGACUGCUCUUUGGCUGCUGUCAAUGUUGAGGAGAAUUAGGGCAUUUGGCUCAUGUUUCUAUGGAGUACUGUGCAGAAACUGGUGGAUUCUAUUUUAUUAUCAUGCAUGUUUCCAUUCUGGAAGUUGGCUGCCAUAGAACUUGUGGCCGACCACCUUCUGUCUCUCUAGGCAGUAGGCUACUUAGCCACUAAGGCAGAGGAGAACCAGUGGCCUGCUUAUGUCAGAAUCCACCCCACUCCAAGGUGGUGUACUGAAACCCCUAGGAGUUGCGUCCUUUUCCAAAGAUACCUCACUCUUGAAAUACCUCCAUAAGAGGGGUUGUUCAGUAGAGAUAGUGUUUUGCCCUUUGACCUAGGAUCCCAGGGAGUACUUAGAUUACAAGGACAGGAGAGGCACAUCUUUUGUGAUGGUCCCCUUAGCUACUGUUUUUAGAAAGCUAGAAGGAAAGGGGGAAAGACAUGAUUUGGCCCCCACAAUAAUUUGAGGACAUUCCCUGCCAUUAUGUGCGCUAAGCAAAUGGCACUGGCCAAGCCGCAACUGCCUUAUUGUCCCAUCCUUAUGCUGGAUGAAGCACUUUCAGAUUGGUUAGGAGUCACUUUCUAAACUCCAGAACUUCCUUAUCUAGAAUCUUGUUUUGCUCAGCAGAUAUUUCUUUCUGCUCCAGGCCAGCGGUGCAGGUGAAAGAGUUGACCGCCUUUAAUAUAGAGCAGCACAAGGACCGGUAUGAUGGACCUCUGCAGUUUAUAUUUUGGAGAAGGAUGCUGAAAUCGAUCUGCACAGGUGAGUCGCCCCCGCCCCCCAAUUGCAACAGAGCAUACUGGGGAUAUGGGAACAAAACAGAGUUCAUAGACUCAUUUGGUGACACCCUACCCAGUUUCUUUCUUAGAAUUAUCAUUAAUUCGAUUAAUAGUUGAAUCCUGGUAUAUUCUCUUCCUACAGCUCCUGCUCCUCUGACCUUGGACCCUGAAUCGGCUCACCCUAACCUUGUCCUCUCCAAAGACCUGACGGCAGUGACAGAGAGGAAGAUGCCCCAGUCUGUGCCCAGAAGCCCCAGCCGCUUCCUGCAGUGUGUGAAUGUGCUGGCAAAGGAGUCCUUUGAGAGUGGAAGACAUUACUGGGAGGUCUGGGUGGGCACCAAGACCAAGUGGGACCUGGGAGUGGCAGCGGACUCAGUGGACCGGGCAGCAAGGGUCAAGCUAUGCCCCAAGAAUGGCUACUGGGCUAUACGGCUGCGGGAGAAGUCUCGUUAUUGGGCUGCAGCUGCUCCCUGGGUGCGUCUGAAUCCUGGGCGCUUGCUGAGAAAAGUAGGUGUCCUGCUGGACUGCAGGGCAAGGAAGGUGGCCUUUUAUAAUGCCGAGGACAUGUCCCUUCUCUUCACUUUCCACCAGGCCAGGGCACGCAGGUUCUACCCUUUCUUCAGCACUUGUUUCGGCGAUGGCGAGAACGCAGAGCCCAUGAGGAUCUGCCACCUGAACCUGUAG